CGAGCGGCGGUCCGCGAUAGGUAUAGCUGACCUUCGACGACUCGGGACCUCGCAUCACUCGGAGUGGCGAAUCACGAUGACCAUGAUCUGCCGAGAUAAGGGCAGGAUAAGGGCAUGAGAGUAGUAAGCUGCCACUGGUGCCGACGGUGGGAUCAGGGCGUAUAUAUUGGCGUUGUGAGUUACAUGCAUUUGUCUCGAACCACGAUAAUCAGCAUUGCAGCAGUCUUGGAUCCACCACUCCUCAGCAAUUCAGGAAGAUCAUGACGAGCCUUAGCGAUCUUUCGACGCUGUUCAGCGUGCAGGGACAGGUAGCGGUAGUCACGGGGGGCGCUACUGGCAUCGGGCUGAUGAUCUCCACCGCGCUGGAGAACAACGGUGCGAUCGUGUACAUUGUCGGGCGUAGGAAGGAGCCACUUGAAAAGGCGGCGAAAGAGCGUUCGAAAUACGGCAACAUCAUCCCUAUCCAGGGCGAUAUCUCCUCCAAGGAGUCCUUGAAGUCCGUCGCGGAGGCCAUCAAGCAGAAGCACGGGUACAUUAACCUGCUCGUGAACAACGCAGGCGUGCUCCUCGCGCAGCAGCCCAAGCUACCCACGCCUGCCGACACUGGGAACGACAUCACCAAGCUGCAGGAGGCUCUCUGGAACACGGAGACUCCCGAGACAUUCCGCACGACAUUCGAUGUCAAUGUCGCCGGCGUAUGGUUCACGACGGUCGCGUUCCUCGAGCUCCUGCACGAGGGCAACAAGCGCGCGCUCGCGCCGGAUGGGUCGGGCGUGAGCUCGCAAGUGAUCACGAUCAGCAGCCUCGCGAGCUUGAGGCGUGACAGCGGCAUCUUCAGCUUGAGCUACACGGUCAGCAAGGCGGCGGUGCAGCACUUGGGCAAGAUGAUGGCGCACUACCUCAAGGACUGGAAGAUCAGGAGCAACAUCAUCAACCCCGGACUGUAUCCCUCAGAGAUGGCCGAUGGGUUCAUCAACGAGGACGCGAUUAAGGCGACGAUCCCAAUAGGCCGUGCAGGCUCCCCGGACGACAUGGCGGGUCUCGUCAUUUUCCUCGCAAGCAAGGCUGGGUCUUAUAUCGACGGUGGUGUCCAUCUUACUGACGGCGGCAGGCUCCUCAGCAUGCCUUCUGUGUUCUAGUCAGUGACACUGCAUUGACGUGUCGUAGCAGAAAUAACAAUCAGUCAUCCCCGGCCCGCCUGUAAAGUACAUAGAACGUAUGACUCAAUAUUCUCGACUUGUCUCGACUUGUCCACGGCCGUCAAUGUACGACUGGCCGCCGUACAGUAAUUCCUCAUUGACGCAGUAUCUGCCACCUUCGACGUCU